AAUUGCAGGCCACAUGUCGACAUGCUAUUCACAUUUUAUAUACAGAGAUGAGAGAUUCAAACCCUGAACCUCAGACCGGCAGACCACGUGCUAACCAGCGGACCACCGUGCUGCCCGCUGAAGCAUAGCAGAAGAACGGAUGAACACGGAGAGGGAGGAUAUGUUAAGACCCAAGUCUUUCUUCACUGAGGACAAAGAAUAUAUGCCGCCGUCGCACAUCAAACCGCGGUGGCCGCUCACUUGGACCACAACAAUCUCCGUCGUCAUGGCCAUCACCGACGUUCUAGCCGUCUCGGACAUUACCUCGGCUCUAAACGCUUGUAAAGCAAAAGAUUCCUUUAACCCAAAGAUGUUUUUCAAAGCGGUGGGUCUAUCGAAAAAGACUCCAACAGAGAUAGAGAAGGUGUUUAACAUCUUGGACCAGGACAAAAGUGGCUUCAUUGAGCAGGAUGAGCUACAACUCUUCUUGCAGAACUUCUCCAAAGGAGCCAGGACGCUGACUGCCGCUGAGACCAGAGGCUUCCUGCUCGAAGGCGACUCUGACGGUGAUGGCAAGAUUGGCUGGGAAGAGUUUUCUGCACUGGUCAAGUCUUCCUAAGAGCAGCCUUACGUCUCCGGUUUAUUGGAUGUUAAUCAUCUCAGGGUGGAUGUUAACUAGCAACAGUAAACAAGAGCGUGUAUGCGAGUAGAUUAGAAAAGCAUUCCAAGUACUGUAGUGUCUUCAAAAAAACAAAAUGGAUGCUCUCUGUUACAGUAUGUUUCGUUCGCUAUAUUGGUUCUAAAUAAAGACACUUCCUCAAAAAA